AUGGCCGAUCCGACUAACGAUGUCACUCCUCACUCCGAUGAUAAGGAGAACAUGAAGGACGAAAAGGAAGAACAAUACCUUCCGCCACCUACGCUACCUGCCUCGCUUCAAGGCGUCGCAAAGCAAGGCAAAGCGAAGAGCAGAAGCAAAGCACUCGCCAACCGUGGCCCUGGAGCGCUUCCCAAGAAUCGAGGAACGGAGUUCUACGCUGAUCCGCCCAUGACCCCUAAUGAGGCUAAGGAGGAAAAGGAUGACAUCUAUGCUCCCGAUGUUCCAUUUGCAGAGCGCAUGCAAGCAUGCAUCCAGCGUUUCCGCUCCAGACGCCGUCUUCAAGGCACUCGAACCCUAUACUUUGAGGAAUACCUUUUCCUCGGAGGCGUCGACUGCCAACCCAACACCUUCGGUGGUCUUAGCCAGAAGGAACUCAAGGAACUCACCCCCGCUGAACGUCGGGACGCGACCGCGAAAGACAUCAUCUGGGCUAGUUCUGCCGCUGGGCAGCGGUACUACAACGGAGACAAGGAGGCUUGGUCAGUCGACUUUCCUGGCGUCGCUGCUGGUUUCUUCUCAGUCACUCUCGUUCAGCUUACUUCUUUCGAGUAUGUGGGAAUGAUGGAGGGCAUCAGCACUGUCGAGAACUUUCUCCGUUACGUCCUCAUGCACAACGUUUGUCCCGAGUAUGAGGAUAAUGUCAAUGCUGCGAUAGAAGUUUGCAAGACUGCUGCUAAGGGGUGGCCCAUGAUUCGAGAGCUCUGUGCUGGACUCCCCGGUCACUUCAACCUUGCUGCCGCUGAGCUUUUCUGUCCCGAAGCCAUCACCGAAGAGUCGUGGUCGUUCUUGGACUUCAAGCGACCUGAGGAAUUCGAUCCUACUUCUGUCUUCUUCACGGCCUUCGCUCUCAUGGAUGAACCUGACUUGUUCGAAAAGUUGACUACUAAGAAGCCUACCAUCACUCGAGAGUUCGAAUGUACACUUGAGCUAGUUGAGAAGGUUCGUCCCAGCGACGACGUCGUCAAGCGAGUCAAGUCUCUGGUUAUCGGCGACAAGGCAGCUCACCACACCCCUGUUGGCAAGGCCAUCUUCAAACAGGGCGUCAUCGAGGAUGAUUGGGAGAGACCUCCCACUACAUGGCCGAUUGAGGAGCCGACCAUGACGCUUUUCUUUGAUGAUGCGCUUCUGGUGAACAUGGUGCCAGGAAUGAGAAUUGAGGCAAGCAUUUGUGAACUGGAUGCGGGGUUGCGAUUUGUCAAGGGUAUUGAGAAUAUCGUCCCGUCGUUCUACGUCUAUCUCCCUCAAGAGAUGAUGCGACACUACAAGGAGCCGAGAGAGAAUGAACGACCUGCUCCAUCGGUGGAUGAUGCUCAGAAUGGGAGGGAUGAUAACGUAGCGAAGAAGGACGAAGAAGAAGAAAAGUGA